AUGGCAACUAGAUUUUCUCAUCAGCUUUUUGGAGCAAUCCUUGUGUUCUUGGUGUUGCAUCCUUUUGCAGCCAAGUCUGCGACUUUAAAACUUGAAUCCCUUCAAAAUCUUGAACAUGCCCAGAAAGGAGAUGUAGUCAAUGGAGUUCAUCAAGUGAAGAAAUUCCUCAAAGCCUUCGGGUAUUAUCCUCGUGAGAUUAAUCGCCUGGAUGAUCACUUUGAUGAUGCUUUGGAGGCUGGUCUCGCUGUGUUCCAACAACUUUAUCAUCUGAAUGUGACUGCUUUGCUUGAUUCUAAUACGAUCAAAGCAAUGGCAACUCCUCGUUGUGGUGUUCCUGAUGUUAAUAUUAAUAAAACUUCUAAUGGCGGCAGUAAUCAUCGUGUGUUUCGCAUAAUUGCUGACUAUUCCUUCUUCCCCGGGAAUCCCAGAUGGAGCAUGUACCAACUCACCUACAGUUUCCUACCUGAUUCAGUCCCAGUGGUUAGCUUACAAGUACUGGGACCCAUUAUUGCUCGAGCGUUCCAAACAUGGGCAAAUGUUUCUCCAUUCAGGUUUCGACAGGUGGCACAGGGAACUCGAUCAGAUAUUCGGAUCGGGUUUUACCGUCGCAGUCACGGCGAUGGUGCUCCGUUCGACGGCCCUGGAGGUGUCCUGGCUCAUGCAUUUUCGCCACAGGAUGGGAGGUUUCACUACGAUGCGGAAGAGAAUUGGAGCAGCAAUCCUAGCGGAUCACAGGUGGACUUGGAAUCGGUAGCCGUGCAUGAAAUAGGGCACGUUCUCGGCCUCGGUCACAGUCAGGACCGAAGUGCGAUCAUGUUUCCGUCAUUUCAAGUCGGAACUACCAAAAGGAACCUUGGCCAAGACGACAUUAAUGGCUUACGUGCUUUAUAUCGAUACUAG